GUUCCAUGUCGACAUUCUAUCAAGAUCAUGGUACGCGGUACGUCCAACGUUUGCGUUACAUUUUUGCGUGAUUCGUUACAUAAAAUUUAUCUUGUUGUAAUCCUUGCACAAGUCCUCUACUACUUCCAUACCUAUAACUAUUAAUUCUCAUAUCAAAUAGUUAUGGUUAACCAAAGUAGAAAGCAGCGAACUCAAUCCCCCGUAAAACUGAUGACUAAUUUUAAGUCGUUGAUUGCUACAUCAAGCAACAUACUUCCUACAAAUGGGUAUAGUGAGCCACAAAACUCACUUGUAUGUCGUAAGCGUCGACCUGAAACUGAGGAUGAAACUGUACUGAUAGCUAGUAUUAGCACUACUCCCAAAAAUUCAGUACUCUCUGCUCAUACAGAAACCCUCCCUACACCUUAUGUGCUUAUCGAAAAGCUCCAGCCUUCAAGCUCUGUUUCAGUACUAUCUUCAGAAAUAGAACUUCUAAAGUUGUCUAUAGGAGAACUUAAGGCCGAGUUAAGGGACUUAAAAAACAAUAAGUCAGUAGAUCCUGGAAUUUCCGAUACCAAUACCAAAAUCUCCAAUUUAUCAGGUCAGAUCAGUGAUAUCAGACUGCAGGUCUGUGAACUGACACCUUUAACUAUUCUCAUGAAAACUGUAGACCUUAACAAACUUGACAGUGAAUCGAUAUCUAAGGUGGAUAACCUAAUUAACUUUGUUACUACAGAAGUAACAAAACGACUAGAUGCUAAAUUAAAUGCUAUUGUCUACAACGUUCCGGAUAAUGAGGCACUAAAAAAGGUACAGCGCAUCCUACUUAGUGAGGCGAAAAUGCCCAACUCCAAGACUAAGUGCUACAGGCUGAAGAAGAGUCAACAUGAAAAGUGUUGUCCUAUUCGUUUUCAGUUCGAAACACCUGCUGAGGCCAGAAAAUUUAUCCACUCCCAACACACCCCACUGCAAGCCAGAAAUUAUAAACUAGUAAAGGUUGCGGUGGACAAGACCGUCAUAGAAAGGCGCGUAUAUAAUUAUCACACUGAGUCUAACUGUGGAAUAAACAAUAGGACAUUGCAAGCAGCAAUUAUACCCAACCCUUUGAGAGAUACCGUAGAAUCCACCGCACCACCCCUCUCUAACCACACAGAAUUAUCUUCUCAGAGAGCGACACCAACCGAAAGGCCGCUAAAUUGUAAUCAAAUAGCCAAUAAAACUAUACCACCUACCACCGUAGAUUUAGACAUGUCACUAAAUAAUCCAAGAAAAAAAGUCAAAAUCCCCCGAAAGUUGACCAAAUCCUCUCCUAGCCAUAAGUCCAUUGGUAAAAAAGAGAAGAAUAUGACCCCAAAUCAUGCCAACAACAAUGGCAGUAUAAGUAAGCCCACAUUCCCCACGGUCAAUAGCAUUGGCACCCACAAUGUGCGAAAUAGCGCCACGGCCCACACUGAUAGCCAACGCCCAAACAAUGCCACCCUCAAGAGUACAAGUGACAAUAGUCAGAACUCGACCACCAACAACUCAGGGCAUUCACAGUAUGGCACGCUAAUAAAUUUUGAUCGGAUAUACGGUACAAGUCUGCUGGGAACUAACCCACAAAGCAGUACAUUCGAAACCCUUACAAGAACACCACUAGUACCUAACAAUAGGUGGAAUAAUAGACCAUGGUCUUCACAAGGUCCCAAUCAUUUUUUAUCCCCUGCGUCCCUGUCAGCGUUGAAAAAACAGCUGGUAGGGAUGCUAACACUCCUAAACCACUAGUGCUGGCUCCCCCUUUGCAUGAAUGUAGGAACAGUCUAGCUCACCCGCAUCCACUAAACACACUUGGUACAUGCACAAGUUUAGGUCAAAUUAAGAACCCUACCCCCGUUUCUAGCUUUACUAAAAAUAAAAAUGCCUUAGCCUAUAGCACAUCCAUUACUCCAACGCUCAAUUCUUCACCGAAAACAGCACACACUAACUCGAUAGACAUAGGUGGACAUGAUGCUGAAACUCUUCUCAACAUAGGGUCGUCAUGUCAAACAGUACUACUGGGCGCUGAACCACAUUCGGGGCUGAUUGACGAACUUAAGUACUUCAAAUGCUAUUUCAAAUCUCAUCUUUACCUAAUCCUCAUAAAUGCUAGAUCCGUUCUAAAUAAACUACCGAUGCUCAGAGCACUCACAGUAAUAUACAAACCCCCUAUAAUUGUCAUCACUGAAUCCUGGUGUAACUCGAACAUACUGGAUGAAGAGAUAAGCUUAGAUAACUAUACACACUUUCGGUGUGACAGGGAAGGUGGUAAGGGAGGGGGUUGUCUUAUGUACUUUCUGAAUGCACUUACUGUAUCACAGCUAGAAAGUAGUACACUUAACAUGCCUGAGACUUUAUGGGUUAACUUACACUUAAAUAACGCAAUAGUAUUAAUUGGAUGCACCUACAGAGCACCUGGCACCUUUAGUAAUUACGAGACCCAACUUAUUAAUACUCUAGAACAAUUAUCCACCCUCCACUACGAUCAUAAGAUCCUAUGUGGAGACUUUAACUUACCAGAAAUCAACUGGGAAAUACCCACAGGUCCAACUAAACUUGAUAAGUUCUUAGGCACACUGGAUAUACUUGGCUGGAAGCAGACCGUCACAACCCCUACAAGAGGUAAUAACGUACUAGACUUAAUCUUCUGCCACAAUAUAAGUCCCCUUUCUACCCUAGUAGGUUCUGAGUUUUCAGGGAGUGACCACAAAACAGUGCUGUGUGCACUGCCACUUCCGUCAAGUUGCAAUGCAACCCAUACCCCUACUUCACAACAAAUAACUUACAGGAACUAUAGUAAGGCAGACUGGACUCUAGUAAAAUCAAUGCUAAGAUCCUCAGAAUGGAGUGAGUACUUCUAUACUGAUAGCCUCUCGAAAGCUCUAGACAUCUUUUACUAUAACUCCAACACAUGCUUAGAUGCUGUGAUCCCAUUUCAAACACUAAAGUUUUCCCCACAUAGAAAGACAUUCAUAAAGCCAAAGGAUCGUAGGAAACUGAAAAGACUGUCAACAAGUUACUUCAGGCGACACGACUUUAGUACACUAGGGUCAAUACUUAGUACUCUUAGCUCCAUCUCGCAAGCUCAUAACUUGCGUAUGAGAAAUGAAGAAUGCACGGCACUAGCCAGCACCACCAGAGUAGGUGCUCUCACAGAAAUACUAAAGAAACGAAUGAAUCGCCAAAGCCAUAAAAUUUCUCUCCUUAUAAACAAGGGCAAACUAUACAGCAAACAUGCAGACAUGUGUGAACUGUUUAAUGAGACGUUUGCAGCUAACUACCUUAAGCCUACAAGUCCACUUCUCGGUUUACAAUCUAAAAUAGAACUCCCUUCAUCUUCAACGCUGAAACAAAUCACUACAGUUCAUUUCACUUACUCUAAUAUUAACCAAGCCGUUAAUACUCUUAAAAACUCUAGUAGUGCCGGUUUUGACGGUAUACCAUCGUAUCUUUAUAAACACGGUGGUUCUGACAUUUCCGUUUUAUUACUUAAGAUUUUUACAAUGUCCCUAGAAAGCCAAACCUAUCCAGAUAAAUGGAAAACGACAUUUAUAGUACCUAAACACAAAUCCGGAUCAAAAACUGAAGUCAACAACUAUAGGCCAAUCAAUAUUACACCCAUAGUAUCUAGAAUCAUUGAACGAAUAGUUAAAGAUGAUAUCCUCAAACAUAUGCUCAGCUGCAAUAUUCUAAGUCCCAACCAACAUGGAUUCCUAAAAUCCAGAUCAUGCAUGACAUGUCACGUUGACUUCUUUAACUACAUAACUAGCAGCCGCGACAAACAACAACUAGUACUUGUCAUCUACUUCGACAUAUCCAAAGCCUUUGACCGCGUUGACCACUUGCUUCUAAUAAAUAAGCUAAACUCUUUAGGAAUAAGUAACCCAUUAUUAGGAUGGAUUGAAUCAUUCCUUAACAAUAGGUCCCAAGUAGUUAGACUGGGUUCUGUAAACUCUAAACCUAGUCCAGUCACUUCUGGAGUAGUUCAAGGUAGCGUCUUAGGCCCCCUCCUAUUCACUCUAUAUGUCAACGACAUAUGCAGCUGUUUCUCACUAGGCAAACCAUUCAUCUUUGCAGAUGAUCUUAAAGUAGCUUACACAUUCCACUGUGAUGACUUAGGGUACUUUCAGAAAGCUGUUCAGGAAGAACUAGAUCGAGUAACUGCAUGGUCCUCCACAUGGAACCUAAAAUUCAACCUUAAAAAAUGUGGUUGGAUAUGCUUCGGUGCACCCUCAAUAAAUAUUAAACUGGUACUUGAAUCCAUCGACUUGCCUAAACUCCAAAGUGUUGUUGACCUAGGACUCAGGUACUCUAGUGACUUGACAUUUUCCGAGCAAGUGGCGACACAGACGCGUAAAUCGAGGAUGCUUCUAGGAUGCAUACUCAGGAAUUUCCACAACUACGAAGCGAAGCUAUUAUUAUAUAAAACUUGUGUCAGACCACUACUUGAAUAUUGUCCAUUUAUUCUCAGCAGCACUCGCGUAAGUGACAAACUUAAAAUAGAAAGUGUCCAACGAUACUUCACGUCUAAACUACUAGGAUUUGACUGCGAAAAGGACUACACAUCAAGGUGUAUAACUCUAGGUAUCGACCCACUCUGGAUGAGACGACUGAGCAUUAACCUAACAUUCUUCUUUAAAAUAUUGCAUAAAAUAUCAUUCUCAGACAGCAAAGAGAUACAGUUCUCACCGGAAGGCUCUUACAACCUUCGUAACCAAACGUGCAAAGUAUCUAGGAAAAACUGUAAAACAGCACUCCGUGCAAACUUCUUCAUAGUCAUGUACUCUAAGAUCUGGAACAGUUUACCCCUAGAAAUAAGGACCUGUCACUCUAUUAUAACCUUCAAACGCUUGCUAUAUAAACUGCUUCAUCCCAAUGACUAUGCCAAUCACACCGCACCACUUAUUUCCAAAACGCAUGAGCUAUUAGCACACUAUAACGCCUAGACUCAUUACUAAAUAUUACGACACUAAAUAAACUCUAAGACUUCGCAAAAUUACAUAAAAAACAACAAGAUUAUGGGUAGUGUUUACUAUACAAUGAUAUACAUUUAUAAACAUUUAUAUGUACAUAAAAUAAUAAAGUUCUUUUCAUAUUUACAUACUUUAUCUCCCUGCUGAGCGUAAUCUUCUAUAUACCUCCUGGUUGAGGUCGAACAACCCAACAUCCAAACUGAAAUGACCAUUUAUGUAAAUUCAAACUCAAAUUCCAUGAACGAUCCGAUGCAACCACUUGAAAACGCUGGCUAACAUUCUGUACAAGGAGUAUUCUUGAUCUGAAAUAAAGAAGCAACUGGUUUUCAAACAGUUAUCAAUGUAUUACUCAACUUACAUGUACAGUCUGCCAUGCUGACGCAAAUGGCGCAAAUGGAUAGUUCUAGAAUUGACCCCAUUUGAUGCAGUAAAACAAUCUAACAUUACCUUAUCUAAUUUUCGUAUCAAAGAUCAAAUUUCUUUCCUAUUAUAAAACUACGAUAAGACUGCUGACAAAAAUGGAAUAAAUACAUUAUUGAAUCAAAAUAAUACAUCAAUAAACUUUAUCUCACGGAUGCUGUUCACAACAAAGUUUUAUAGGAGAAUUGACUUCAAGCUUUAUUUUU